CUAAUCUAAGUAAUGGUUUAAAACACAUUUUAGAUUUCCUGCUUCCGCUUGAACACCAAUUAACUCAGUAGAUACAUAUAAAUAGGUAAAAUAUACGUUACUCAAGGGACAAGGAUUUCAACUUUUCAACGUUUGCCCUGACGACAGAUUGGUGGAGAGUACUAUUGAUCGGCCGGCCGGCCGGCCGUACGUAUGAAGACGAUGAACGCUUCGACGACUAAUUGCACGGAUGAUUUCGACGCCGAUUGCGGGACAGUUUCACAGUUCUUGGAAGUUUUUGAUUUCGUUGGAGUGUGUGUCGUAGUUGUGAUGAUAGUAGUCAGCCUGUACAAGUUUGUCCGACGCCGCUGCUUUCCUCCUCCUCCUCCUCCUGAUGAUCAAGAUAAUAACAAUAACCACACUAGUAAUAGUAAUAAUAAUAGCGUCGUCGUCGAAGUUAAUCAAGCAGCAGCUAGCGGCGGGUUGAGGAAUACCGUCAGGGUUUUCAAGAAAAGUGGCGGAGAAGGCGACGAAGAACAAGAAAGAGUAGGAGAUGAAUGUUCGAUUUGCUUAGAAGAGUUGAAGAACGGGGAGGAGUGCUCUUCUCUUGACGUGUGCGGGCAUUUGUAUCACAAGGAGUGCUUUGAGCCUUGGCUCGCUCAAAACCAUGAUUGUCCUUUGUGUCGCGCUUCCGUUCAUACCAGACCGACAACGGUCGGUAUGUUUCGACAGGGUGGAGGAGGUAUGUGUAUAGUUUAGAAUUGUCUAUGGUUUGGUUUCUCGAUAAUUAUAUUUUUUUUUUAUAGGAGAUUAUAAUUUAUGUAUGUGAAUUGUCGAGCAAAACAAUGGAAACUGGUUCGAUGGUCAAUUUCUGUUUUACCCUCCAAAGUAUCUAUAAAUUCGAUUGUGUAAAAGAUCUGCCUUCAAAAGUUAGUGAGGGAUUUUGAUAUCAAACAAGAACGAGAUUUUAGGUGGAUAAACAAGCUCUCAGAAAGGUACAUAGGUUUUUUGAGAUGAGAAAGUAGUUUGUUCCGUUUGUUUUCACAUGGUGAAACUUGAAUUCAAUGAUGGAAUUGACACGCAAGUUGUCGACAUGAUUUCGUUUGGUUUGGUUAAUAACAUGCAUCAAUUUUCAUAUUGUUCAUGUAGUGGAAUACUCCAAAUAUUUUAGCCCAGUAGAAAGUUUAUAUAUAUAAACGGCCAAAUACACUUUCAUAGCCACAAUUUUCAUGUUUGCAUGACAGUUAUAGACAAAACUUUCGAAAUACACCGAAAUAGCCAGAAUUUUGAUGAUUGUUUGCCAAAUCUAAUAAUUUUUGUUGCAAAUUUUAACGAUGUUUUGAGAUUCUGUCAGGUAAAGACAACACACGAAAUACAAGCUAAUACAGGGAUGACAACGGGGCAUGAACAGGGCGGAUAUUGCUAAAUCCGUGCCCCGCUUUGCUCUUGAAAUUUUGAUAUGCCCUGCCCUGCGACUUGCAAAGGGUCCGUAAUUUUUGCCCUAAACAUUACCCCGCGCGAGCGGAUAAAAUUCGACCUGCUCCAUCUCUAUUUCACUGCACAAGGAAAGGCUAAAUCCAAACCAGGGAGAAAGAAACACUCCUGGCCUCCGUAAAAUCAUAUAAUGGAAAGGGUGGGAGGGCAAAAAUGGAUCCAGUGAGGGAGCAGGAUGAUGGCUCAUAGAAAGGAAGAUUGGCCACCUCAGAGCUACACCAAACAGAGAAAGGAAUGGUGAACAUGAGAAAGGGAAAGAAGAAAAAGAAAAAACUUAUUCGUCGCCCUAGAAUAGCUUAUUUGUGGUUUUAAAUCUUAUUGAAUUUACACAAAUGUUCUUGUUUUCUAUUUUUUGGGGUAUCCGACGGGUUGAAAAUAUGUCCCGGAACGUUGGACACGGGUUGAAAACCUAUCCCGGUACAUCUCGGACAGGUACGAAAGGCUCAAACAAACAAGUUCGUGGUCCUUUAGCUGGUAUUUCCAUGAAAAGAAGGAACCUGUUUGAUAUACGUAACAUUACCAUUAGGCACAUGCUACAUUCUUCUCUCACAAUUGAGGACCAUCCUUUCUCAUCAUUCAUGUAAUUUUAAUGGUUACUUGAAAGCUGUUUAGCAAUAAUUUUUUCAUUUGCAGGCUGCAUUGGAGUACAUAAUAUAUCGUUGGUUCUCGUGUAGAUUGAAGAUCCCAAGUUGGCGUGGAUUGAUGGUGACGUUACGAGGAUAAGUGGCAAAUAUGUCCAAGUACAGACUACAAAUGGGAAAUCCUCCUACACGACAACGACAGCAACACAGCAGGUGGGCGGGGAGUGAAUUCGGCGACAUCAGCAGCGGCUUCGUCCUCCUCCUCCCAGCAACAGCAACACGACAGCGGCAGGGAGCAGUUCUGGGUUUUGCCAAGAAUGUGACUAUUGGAGGCUGCGGAUUUUUGUUGUCCAGAGAAGGGUCUAGGGUUUAGGUUUGAUUUGGGGUAGGGGCAUAUGUGUCAUUUCAGUGUAUUUUAGGGUGAUAAAAUUUAAAUUUUAAGACAAUAAAUAGCGAUUCAAUACUUAAAUUUAAAAUUUAAAAUUUAAUAUGUAUAUCAAAUAUUCAAAUUCAUACUUAUCACGGGUCUGAUCGAAAUCCUCCCCCAUUACAAAUAGGAUCGGAGAAUAUCCACCGCCAUCCCCGACCCCUAACUUAAUGCUUCCCCUAAGCAAAAACAAAAACAGAAAAUAAUGCUUUGACAAUUGG